GCGGCUGCUGCCGAGGCGCGCGCCGGACUUUGGCUCGGCCGGCUACUGGGAGCGCUUCUUCCGCGAGCGGGGCGAGCGCGCUUUCGAGUGGUACGGCGAGUGGGAGGAGCUUCGCGAGCCGUUGGGGCGGUACCUGCGGCCGCGGGACCCGAUCCUUGUUGUUGGGUGUGGCAACUCAGAACUGAGUGAGCAACUCUAUGAUGAGGGGUACCAGAGUAUCGUCAACGUGGACAUUAGCGAAAUGGUCAUCAAGCAGAUGGGGGAGCGCAGUGCUCACCUACGGCCCAAGAUGAGCUACCUGGUCAUGGAUGUGCUGCAGAUGGAUUUCCCUGAUGGGCGCUUCCAGGUGGUGCUAGACAAAGGCACUCUGGAUGCCCUCCUGACUGAUGGAGAAGGGGCCACAGUGGCCAGGGCAGAGAGAAUGUUUGCCGAAAUUGGCCGUGUCCUCCAGUUUGGAGGGCGUUACCUGUGUGUUUCCUUAGCCCAAGCGCACGUCUUGAAGACAGCUGUGAAAUAUUUCUCCAAGGAAGGAUGGAUGAUUCGAAUACACCAAGCCUCCGGGAAGGAAGCUGCUGCUUCUGAGGGCGAAUUUGCCCUGCCUGUGUUUGUCUACGUUAUGACGAAGAUGAAGCAAGUGCCAGGCUCAACUUUCCCCAUCCUGGAACUGUGUGUGGAAAAACACGACAAGCCCAUCCGGUUUUCAGCUUUGGAGCCUCUGAUUGAGGCGGUGAAAGAGAGGCAGCAGUACGCCCUGCUACGCAGCCAGCUCAGUAAGAGCCCUGGCAUGGGGAAUGUCUCUCUGGAUCUUUGCAGCAAGAACAGUGGCCAAGCCCGCUACACCUUGCACGUGGUGCACUGCCCGACUGUGAAAGUGUCUCGGGACAAUCGCUUUGCUAUCUUCAUCAUUCCACAGGGCAGAGAAACCGAGUGGCUUUUUGGGACUGAGGAAGGACGGAAGCAAUUGGCUGCCAGCGCCGGGUUCCGACGCCUGAUCACUGUAGCCUUGCACCGGGACCAGCACUAUGAAGACAUGGAAGCCAUCCAGGCAGAGCUGUCGGGAAAGGUGAUGGAGCUGGCCCCGCCGGGACUCCAAGCCCAGCAGAAGGUUCCAUUUCUGUCAGUGGGAGGAGACAUUGGGAUCCGCACUGUUCAGCAUCGUGGUACGAGCUCCCUCAGUGGAGAGUACGUCAUUGAGGAUGUGAAAGGUGACGACUCCCGCUACUUCCGCCGCCUCGUCUUCCUCAGCAACAGGAAUGUGGUGCAGUCAGAGGCCCGACUCUCAUCCAGAGCACCUUGCAAAGGAAAUAAGAAGCCCAGAAAGAAGAAGAAAGCUUCCAGUGAUCCCGUGAAGCCUGCUGUGGUGCUCACCAGUCUGCCCAUUGACAAGAGCUACCUGUGUUGCGCUCACCACCGAGCCAUGGUUGCAGGCCUGUGCCUGCUGAAGAAUCCUGAAUGCCUCCCAGAGGUCCCGAUCCGUGUGCUGGUGAUUGGCCUGGGCGGCGGCAGCCUGCCCCUCUUCAUCCAUGACUACUUCUUGCAGUGCACCGUCGAUGUGGUGGAGAUUGACCCAGCCAUUUUGGAAGUGGCCACGCGCUGGUUUGGCUUCUCUCUGGGAGACAGGCUGAAGGUUCACAUUGCAGAUGGCUUAGCCUAUGUCUCCAGCCAAGCAGCCGAAGCACCAUCCUCUUACGACGCCAUCAUGUUUGAUGUAGACAGCAAGGACCUUGCCUUGGGAAUGAGCUGCCCACCCCCGGCCUUUGUGGAGGAGCCUUUUCUGCAAGAAGUGAGGGCCCUGCUGAAAACGGAAGGUAUCUUCAUUCUCAACUUGGUGUGCCGAGACGCCAAGCUCAAAGACACUGUUUUGGCUGCCCUUAAAGAGGCGUUCCCUUUGCUCUACACCCGGCGGAUCGAGGGGGAAGUAAACGAGAUCCUCUUCUGCCAGCAGCUGUCCAGACACAAAAUGCCUCCUGCGGAGCUCCUGGAGUCGGCCCAGGUUCUGGAGAAAGCCCUACGGCAACCUGGCUGCGCUUGGGACAGCACUUAUGUCCUGGCGGACAUGCUGGAGGCAGUGCAGCUGGCGUGA